GUGGCUUCGCUGCUUCUUAUCAACCCCUACUUGGCUACUUCCCAUAGCAGCUCGAACUUCCGUAUACAUAAUUUUAAAUUUAUUUUUUCAAAUGCCAGCUAUAAAUAUCAACAGUGAUGAAGAUGAUGACGACGAUGAUUCGUGAACAAUUCAUCAGCUCGAUUUAUCAAUGUCUCCUCUUUUGCAACUCUCUGUUCCCGGGGGGGUCGAUUCGACUCCAUUUGUAUUUCUGGGCAGUAAUCUCUCAUCUUCGCGACUUGAUUGCACUCUUGGGUCUUCCAUUUGGGGGACUUGUCUUCGUUUGAUCAAUGGAGGCUCUUGUGCUGCUCUUCCUGGAAAUCAAAAGCUCCGAUUCGUCAAUGGGGGAAGACCCGUGACGAGGGUUUAUGCCAUGUCCAGCGGUUCCCCCUUGAAGAUGAACCUUAAUGAGUACAUGGUCACUCUCGAUAAGCCUCUGGGCAUUCGAUUCGCUCUCUCCGCCGACGGCAGGAUCUUCGUUCAUGCCUUGAGGAAAGGGGGCAAUGCAGAGAAGUCGAGAAUAAUCAUGGUAGGUGACACUUUGAAGAAGACUAGUGAUUCAUCAGGUGGUAAGCUUGUCGAGAUCAAGGACUUCGGUGAUACACAGAAUAUGUUUAAGGAGAAAAUAGGAUCUUGCAGCCUGGUUCUUGAGAGGCCCUUUUCUCCUUUUCCAAUUCAACAACUGCAUCUUAUGGGUGAUCUUGCUAUUUUGUUUAAUGGUGGUCGGGUUCCUAUUGCCACGUGGAACAAAACUCUAUUGGCAUCAAAUCUGCAAACAUCUUCUGAAGGCAGCGUGAAUUCUGGAUUUGUUGUAUUUUCGUCAAAGUUCAUAUCAUCCCAUGGAUGGAAGUUUUUGGGUGAUCAAACAGGACAUCUUCAUUCACAAAUGCAGAAAAAUGUUCAUACUGCGCCCAUAAGCCAACUUGUCUGUAUAUUUACUGGGGAGGAGUCUGGGGAUGUUGAAUGGACUCAUGGUAACUUCCCUUUGGAGGAAUAUAUUAAGGCACUAGAUCGUUCUAAACUUGAACUGAAAUAUGAUCACUCUCUUGGUAUGCGCUGCAGUAAGAUUACAGAGCAAAUAUAUGUAGGAUCUUGUAUACAGAAAGAAGCUGAUGUUGAGACUUUGUCAAAUGCAGGUGUCAGUGCUGUAUUGAAUUUUCAGAGUGAAGCUGAAGCAGAAAAUUGGGGAGUCAAUUCCAAGUCAAUUAAUGAGUCAUGCCAACGAUUUAAUAUACUGAUGAUCACCUAUUAUAUAAGGGAGGUAGAUUCCUUUGAUGUCAGAAAGAAACUACCAUUUUGUGUGGGGCUUCUAUUACGCUUGCUAAAAAAAAACCAUCGUGUUUUUGUAACCUGUACUACUGGAUUGGAUCGAUCCCCUGCUUGUGUGAUUGCAUAUCUUCACUGGAUUACAGAUACUUCUCUUCAUGCAGCUUACACUUUUGUUACUGGGUUGCAUCCAUGCAGGCCUGACAGACCAGCAAUUGUCUGGGCAACAUGGGAUCUUAUAGCCAUGGUGGAAAGAGACAGACAUGAUGGACCUGCAACACAUUCUGUAACCUUUGUGUGGAUUGGGCAUGAGGGUGAGGAAGUGUUCUUGGUUGGUGAUUUUACGGGAAAUUGGAAGGAACCUGUAAGGGCUGUCCACAAGGGUGGAUCAAGACAUGAAGUUGAAGUUAGACUUCCACAGGGAAAAUAUUAUUAUAAGUUCAUCGCCAAUGGGCAGUGGAGACAUUCAACAGCUUCACCAACGGAGAGGGAUGAAAGGGGCAACAUUAACAAUGUAAUAUUUGUUGGUGAUACUGCCAGUGUGAGGCCAUCCACAGAACAACAGAAGUUGCAGGAUGCAAAUACUGUGAAAGUUAUUGAGAGACCAUUGACAGAAAAUGAGCGGUUCAUGCUCGCAAAAGCUGCCCGUUGUGUUGCAUUCUCUGUUUGUCCUAUCAAUUUUACUCCCAAGUAGUUGAAAUGGGUACUGUGGUUCUUGCCUUAUACUGCAUUACCAUCGUGCUAGUCUCACUAUGGCAAUUCCUUAUAUGAGCACCGACUGGAAUCAAUGUUAUCGCUGUAUGUUGACAUGGGUUUGCCCAACAAGCUCGACCUCUGUACUCAAUAAACAUCAAACCUGUUCAGGUUGUUGUAAUUGUUCAUAUUGCAUAAGCUCUACCAGGCCUUCUCACCAAUAGGAGAUGAAGCCAUGCCACUUUUACAGGAUAUUGCACGACUUACACCACGGUUUAAGAGAAUAAACUACGAGCAACUUGCUUUGUAAUUGAUUCAAUCAGGUUGUGUCAAUAUUAGCUGUUGGAAACAGUAUGUAUCCGUUCCAGUUGAAUAAAAUUAAUCUUGGACUA